UUUAAGACAUUAAUUUUAAUUGUUAGUUAGAGCCGCCACUUGAAUAUCAAUCUGGUCAAUAUAAUAGAUAAUCUUUCUUCAGACACAACCUAUAGCAAUACUCCUGAUAUACGUGUAGGCCUACUCGAAAUGUCAGGAAUUUUCUUUUGUGAACAGAAGUCAACACAUUUCCUUGUCACACAGUGACAUAUUUACCUAUCAGUCUGUAAUGGAGAUUGAAAGAGUUGUUUUAAUUGGCCAUAAAUAGUGAUACAAGUCCUGCGCGCGGAAAGUAUACCCUCAGAUAUAGUGGGCUUACUCGGUUUCCGUAGAUUUUUUUAGUGGUUCGUGACGCACUAACGCGGAACGGACAGGUUAAUUUUGACAGGCAAGAUGGCGACUUCGGAGCCGGUAAGCGAGAUUGAGAAUGCACCUGAAACAGAAGAGCCCCAACCUGAAGUUAUCCUCACUGCACCACCUGUGGUUGCUGGUUCUCAGCAGUACAUCAAACACCCCUUGCAAAAUAAAUGGGCCCUGUGGUAUUUCAAAAAUGACAAGAGCAAAAGCUGGACAGAGAACCUUCGUCUCAUCGCAAAGUUUGACACAGUGGAAGACUUCUGGGCAUUAUAUAACCACAUACAGCAGCCCAGCAAGUUGGGCUUUGGCUGUGACUACUGCUUAUUUAAGGAUGGGGUGAAGCCAAUGUGGGAGGAUGACAAGAACAAGCUGGGUGGGAGGUGGCUGAUGACCCUCAGCAAACAGCAGAGACAAAUCGACCUCGACCGCUACUGGAUGGAGACGCUGUUGUGUUUAAUCGGCGAGUCAUUUGACGAGGCCAGUGAAGAUGUGUGUGGAGCGGUGGUCAACAUCCGACCCAAGGGAGAUAAAAUAUCCAUCUGGACCGGAAACUGUCAGAACAAGGAAGCCAUCGUGACAAUAGGACAACAGUAUAAAGAGCGCCUGAGUAUCCCCAUCAAGCUCCUGAUUGGCUACCAGUCACAUGACGACACGUCUAGCAAGAGUGGUUCCACCACCAAGAACAUGUACUCAGUCUGAUCAACACCUACCCCCAAUCUCAGCUCAACUAUCAACUCCCUGCAUCACCAACCCAUUAAUACUUUUCAGUUGUCAACUGCUGUUAGUGUCCUUCCUUUUUACAGACGAGAGAAUUGUUGAAACGUAUAUAAAAUUAGAGACGCCUCCCUGACACCCGAUGGACCGGCUGGCUAACCUCCGGGUCUUGUCGGGAAGAAGAGGAAAGAAAGAAAGGACAGCGUCAGCUGAAGCUGUUGGGAUUUGAGCUAGAAGAUCGUUAAAUUAGUUAAUUUUAGAAUUGGAGUAUAUGUGACUAAUAAUACCAGUGGCUUUCCCCCUACUAACGUAACUGAGGAGAAGAUCUGUCGUUUAUGGCUUGAUUAAAAGACAGACAACUUUCUUAGCUGUAAAACCUUUUCCUUUUCUCAUGCAGAGUUUAUGAUCAUUCCCUGUUAUGAAAAGUGUUUCUCACCAACCACCCAGGAUAGAAAAGUAGACGAGAUUCAUUCAGCAGAUUUUAAAGGGCAACCAGCGUUUUAACCUUCUUUAGUUGGAGGUGUUUGGCAUGAGAAGGGAUUGCAGAUGCACCUGUUGCAGAAAAGACAACGGUACCUUAAUUUGUUUUUGUGUAAAAGAAUAGUAGCGGUAACAGAAGAACGGCCACAUAUAGUUUCAGCCAUGCUGGGAUUGUGGAUCCUUUGCUUGUAGAACUAUUUUGAACUUUUGUUUCCCUUACAUGCAUUUAUGAUAUAUGCAUUGCAGUUGAACUACAUAGUUGGAGGACAACCAUGAAAAAGAAACUGAGUUCCUUACAAUUUUUUUGUUUUUGAGGAGGUUAACGACAUGGACUACUGCUUCAUAAUAUAGAACAUUUUUUACAGUGUAUCAUACUAAGUAAAGAUGCCUGGACAAGUUUUAGGUCUGCUUCUUACCGUUUUCUUCCUAACAAACUGUAGAACAUUUCGCACUACUCUGGGGCCUGUGCGAGUGGAGAAAAAAGGAUAUCUAUCCAUCGUGAAAUGAUUUAGCUUAUAAUGUAUCUUUAUUAUCUGUAAUUCCAGGAUGUAUAUUACCUUCUUUCAAGUAAAGGUUAAGUGCUUUGCAUUAAAACCAGAACCACACGGU